GCGACCACUGAAAUAUAUACUAGUUGCUUUCCAACAAGAGACACAAGUCGACACAAGUAUCAUCCUAUCUUUGUUACUCAUUAAAUGUGGAAUUAUUACUGUUGAAAAACAGAUGUUCUAUAGGCUGCUAUGAGGAAUAAUAUGAAAAAUAUUGAAAAUAAGGCUCGCCGAAAACAAGGAGACGACAAAAAGAAGCAACAUGAGAAAACGUUCGAUAAAAAAAAAUAUAGGUUGAAAAAGUACAGCAAUAAGUAUAAAAUUAAUCAAUGGGAAGAAAGAAGAAGAAAGGCCGUGAUGCGUGAAUUUCACAAGGAACUCAAGAGAAAUCAACAGGAUUCCACGCAAACCUUAACAGAUUUAAGUGAUACAUCAAAGGACACAGAUACAAGUAACUCAGAAAAGAAGAACUAUGCCUUUUUUAAGGCCAAACAAGCCCAUAAGUGUAUAAUGAAAGACAAGAAGGAGAAGAUGGAAGAAAUCAAUCGUAAAAAGGAAGAAAGCAACGAAGCCUUAAAGAAAUACAAAGAGAAGAAAAUGCAUACUUUCAGGGCAUUAUCGAAGAAAACUAAGAAAGGACAACCCGUCAUGAAGGGCAGGAUAGAGUUAUUACUGGAAAAAAUCCAGGAAAACUUAACGUGAUCUAUAAUUGCUACUUAGAGAAUAUAAUAAUUUGUUUCUGCUAUUUGGCUAAAAUAUGAUGAAAUCAUAAAAAUAAAAGAAUAGUCACACAUAUUGUGCAUUAUGAUAUAGCCUAAUAUCAUUAAAAAGAGAAAACAUUUGUUUCUAUAAUAACUAUGUAUAAACAUGUAUAAAAUACUUGAAUUUUGUAGUUUCUUAAAAGUAUUAUUAAAGAAGCACGAGUCAAAA